AUUUAUUAAAAAGUUGCGAGCUCUAGAUCUCCCGAAUCUCUCCUUCAAUGUCACUCUCGCUCUCUCCUCUCAUUUUCUGUGGUUCCGAGUUUCCAAGAACGAAUAGCAGCUUCUUUUUUCGGAAGCUUCAAAAUUUUUUCUUUCUGCAGCCAAACAAUUAAUAUAACACAAAGUCUUUGAGAUUGGUCUUACUCUUGGGCUCAAACCCAUUCAAUUUCAGCCUGAAUCUACCAUUUAUUUCUUGUCUUUUGAGUUUUGACUCUCCUCCUCUUCGACAAUAUAGGAAUUUGUAUGAAGUGGGAAAUUUAGGUUAGUGGGCCUUCGGAAAAAGAGUUUCUGCAGGCUCUCUUCAAGAGUGUUAAGCGUUUGACUCACUGUAAAGUAGGGUUUCAAACGUGUAAAGUCGGAACUUGAAAGGAGUAAAGACUUGUGCUUUUGAGAAUGAAAUUGGUUUUAGCAUUCUGGGUUUUGGUGGGUUUUAUCGGGUGGUGUUGGUGGAAGAAGAAGAAGAAGAAGAAGGAGAAGGAGCAAUUAGAAAACCAGUCCGGGAUUCCCAAAGGGACUUUAGGGUGGCCUUUAAUAGGAGAGACCUUGAAUUUCAUCGCCUCCGGCUACACUUCUCGACCUGUUAGCUUCAUGGAAAAGCGCAAAUCUCUAUACGGUAAUGUGUUCAAAUCUCACAUAUUAGGAAUGCCCAUCAUAAUCUCGACCGAUCCAGACGUGAACAAGGUAAUUCUACAGAACAAUGGAAGCAUCUUCGUCCCUUUCUACCCCAAAUCGAUCACAGAACUACUGGGAAAAUCUUCUAUACUUCAAAUGAAUGGUAAUCUACAAAAGAGAGUGCAUGGGUUGAUCGGAGGCUUCUUUAGAUCACCUCAACUCAAAGUUCGAAUCACACGAGAGAUAGAGAAUGCUGUCAACAAAGCCAUGGAGGCUUGGAGGGAUGGAGAUCUCGUUUACAUGCAGGAAGAAACCAGAAACAUUACGUUUCAAGUAUUGGUUAGGGUGUUGAUGAGCGUUGGCCCAGGUGAAGAUUUACAGUUUCUGAAGAGAGAAUUCGGAGAAUUCAUUAAAGGAUUGGUCUGCUUACCGAUUAAGCUACCGGGAACCAGGCUAUAUAAAUCACUGAAGGCUAAGGAGAGGCUGUUGAAGAUGGUGAAGAGGAUUGUGGAGGAGAGGAAAAUGAGAAUGGAGAGUAUAGAUGAGAGAGGUCCUCUCAUGGACGCAAUAGAUGUUUUAUUGUGUGACGCAGGAGAAACAGAAGACAAACAACAUCUACCGUUGGAUUUCAUCAGUGGGAAUAUCAUAGAGAUGAUGAUCCCAGGAGAGGACUCGGUGCCCAUGCUGAUGACACUGGCAGUCAAUUAUCUCAGCGAGUCUCCCCUCGCUUUAAAGCAGUUAGUGGAGGAGAACAUGGAGUUGAAAAGACAGAAGACACAAUUAGGUGAAGAUUAUGCUUGGACGGAUUACAUGUCGUUGCCAUUCACUCAAAACGUGAUUAAUGAAACCCUUAGAAUGGCAAACAUCAUUAAUGGUGUUUGGAGAAAAGUUCUCAGAGAUAUAGAAAUCAAGGGUUAUUUUAUUCCAAAGGGGUGGUGUGUACUGGCUUCCUUUAUUUCUGUUCACAUGAAUGAAGAGAAUUAUGAGAACACUAACCAAUUUGAUCCUUGGCGAUGGCAGAGAAAAGGAGGAAACAUCAACAAUAAUUACUGUUUUACACCGUUUGGAGGAGGGCAGCGGUUGUGCCCUGGUCUUGAACUCUCUAGGCUCGAAGUCUCCAUUUUCCUUCAUCAUCUUGUCACCCGUUUCAGAUGGGUGGCUGAGGAAGAUUACAUCGUCCACUUUCCGACAGUGAAGAUGAAAAGGAAACUGCCUGUCUUUGUCACACCCAUCUCAUCUUAAGAGUUCAACUGCAUCUCUUUGCUUUUGCCUAUAAAUAUAUAAAGAGAGAGAAAGAUGAUAAAAGGAAUUGAAGAUGAAGAGCAGCCAUGGUUGGGGUCCACUUGAGAACUGGUGGACUGGACCUCAUUUCAUGGAGUGGAUGUAAUGUAAAUCAGGAGAAGCUUCCAUGGUGAAGCCUGUCAAUUGAAUUGUGGGUCCAUAAACAUAAACAAAGUACAUGGAUAAUAAAUAAGUAGAUCCAUGAGUAAAUAGAUUUGCUUUUUAUUUCUUUGCAAAACGGUA